CAAUUACAUUCCCACACACUACCCUCACUGACUCAUCGUCAUCUUCAUCGUCAUCGAUGAUUCAAUUUGUAUCUGGACUGAAAACUUUUACUGGGCCCCACAUGGCUCUCUCCUCCCUCCUUCCUUAGCCGUCGCCUUCCCGCCCCCUCCCUUCUCGUAUUUAUAUUCUCCUCCCCGCACUCUCCUUCCCAGUUUCCUCACUCCUCAACUCCUCUCCUCGUCCGCCAUCAAAUGGCUCUCGUCCGCGAUCGCCGCCACCUCAACCUACGUCUCCCUCUGCCGGAGCCCUCCGAGCGCCGACCUCGCUUCCCGCUUCCCCUUCCACCCUCCUCUAUUUCCUCUAACAAUUCCGUCGCUGCCGAUAUUGCCCCUAACGAUCUCGAAAAGCUUCAGGUCCUCGGCCACGGCAACGGAGGAACUGUCUAUAAGGUCCGUCACAAGCGCACCUCCGUCGUCUAUGCUCUCAAGGUCGUCCACAGCGACUCCGACCCCAUGACCCGACGCCAAGUCAGGAGGGAGAUGGAUAUCCUCCGCCGGACCGAUUCGCCUUAUGUCGUGCGCUGUCACGGGUUCUUCGAGAAGCCUUCUGGAGAUGUGGCGAUUGUCAUGGAGUAUAUGGAUUUGGGAACACUAGACACCUUGUUGAAAAGGAACGGUACGUUUUCAGAAGCCCAACUCGCGGGGGUGGCGCGUCAGGUUUUAAACGGGCUGAGCUAUCUCCACGCGCACAAGAUUGUUCACCGCGAUAUUAAGCCCUCUAAUCUCUUGGUGAAUCAGAAAAUGGAAGUGAAAAUCGGUGAUUUCGGAGUGAGCAAGGUUAUGUGCCGCACACUGGACGCGUGCAAUUCAUACGUCGGGACCUGCGCGUACAUGAGCCCGGAGCGAUUCGACCCGGAUACGUACGGCGGGAAUUAUAACGGGUAUUCGGGCGACAUAUGGAGCCUGGGUCUGACCCUGUUCGAACUGUACGUGGGUCACUUCCCGUUUCUCCCGGCGGGUCAGAGACCCGAUUGGGCGACCCUGAUGUGCGCGAUUUGCUUCGGAGACCCGCCAAGCUUGCCGGUGCAGGCCUCAAAAGAGUUUCGGAGCUUCAUAGAUUGUUGCCUGAAGAAAGAGUCGAGCGAGAGGUGGAGUGCCUCUCAGCUCUUGAAUCAUCCGUUUCUGUCGAAGAAGUUGGGAAAAUGUUAGCCGUAUGUGUCCGGGUUUUAGAUAUCCGAUCGGGUAGGACCCGGAUUUUGUGAGUUUAGGUGUAAUAAUAACUGUAGAUACCGUCGGGAUUCUAUUUUGCUACUCCCUCGGGUAGAAACCGUCAUGAUUUGCCUCAAAGAAGACAAAAAUAGAGGUUGCAUCAUUCCCUGUGUA